UCCCGGUGCCGGAGGCUCCACCCACUAGACGGGCUCUGAUUAGCCGCAUCCUACUCGUCGGGGGACCACGAUUGGUCCGCUGGUCCUUGAGCCCGCCUCCUCCCCCGCUGGAGUCGGCUACGGCAGCCCCGAGGAGGAGGAGGAAGGGGGGCGGAGGGAGGACCGGGCCGGUGCCGUCAGUCAGGCAGCGAGAGCCGCCAGGAGCGGAUGGCGGCGGCGGUAGCGGCCCCACUCGCCGCCGGGGGUGAGGAGGCGGCGGCGGCGGCGGCCAACAUUUCCGUGCCAGGCUCUGCUGCUCUGCCCGGAAGCCGCAGCGCAGAGCGGGCCCUCGAGGAGGCGGUGGCCACCGGGACCUUGAACCUGUCCAACCGGCGCUUGAAGCACUUCCCCCGGGGUGCGGCUCGCAGCUACGACCUGUCAGACAUCACCCAGGCUGACCUGUCCCGGAACCGGUUUCCCGAGGUACCAGAGGCCGCGUGCCAGCUGGUGUCUCUGGAGGGCCUGAGCCUCUACCACAACUGCCUGAGAUGCCUGAACCCAUCCCUGGGGAAUCUCACAGCCCUCACCUACCUCAACCUCAGCCGAAACCAGCUGUCAUCGCUGCCGCCAUACAUCUGCCAGCUGCCCCUGCGUGUGCUCAUUGUGAGCAACAACAAACUGGGAGCACUGCCUCCUGAGGUCGGUGCCCUGGGAAGCCUGCGGCAGCUGGAUGUAAGCAGCAAUGAGUUGCAGUCCCUCCCUGUGGAACUGUGUAGCCUCCCUUCCCUGCGGGAUCUCAACGUGCGGAGGAACCAGCUUACCAGCCUGCCUGAUGAGCUGGGGGACCUUCCUCUUGUCCGCCUAGACUUCUCCUGUAACCGUGUCUCCCGCAUCCCGGUCUCCUUCUGCCGCCUCAGGCACCUGCAGGUCAUUCUGUUGGACAGCAACCCCCUGCAAAGUCCCCCUGCCCAGAUCUGCCUGAAGGGCAAACUUCACAUCUUCAAGUACCUCUCAACAGAGGCUGGGCGGCGGGUGGCUACCCUGGGGGACCUGGCCCCCUCCAGGCCCCCGAGUUUCAGUCCAUGCCCUGCUGAGGAUUUAUUCCCGGGACGUCGGUACGAUGGCGGGCUGGACUCAGGCUUCCACAGUGUUGACAGUGGCAGCAAGAGGUGGUCUGGAAAUGAGUCAACAGAUGAAUUCUCAGAGCUGUCAUUCCGGAUCUCAGAACUGGCUCGGGAGCCUCGGGGGCCCAGAGAACGCAGGGAGGAUGGUUCUGCCCUGGCCCCUCUAGCGGAUGCGGACCAAGAGCAGACGGACUUCAUUGACAGCCAUGUCCCUGGAGAGGACGAAGAGCGGGCCUCUGCUGAGGCCUUCCCUCAGCCUCUGCUGUUCUCUCAGCAGGAGCAGCGAUCUCCUGAACUCAGAGCUGCAGCAGGGUUCGGGGAGAGGUCACACAUCAGGUACCCCAAGCUCCAUCUACCAGCCACCUCCAGUGCCUCCCUCCUCCAUAGCUCCAGCCCACCUCUCUGUCUCCUGUCCCGCGUUGUUCCUAGGCGGGAGGAGCCGGCUGGGGAGGAGCGGAGGCGCCCAGACACCUUGCAGCUGUGGCAGGAACGGGAGCGGAGGCAACAGCAGCAGCAGAGCGGGUUGUGGGGGGCCUCUCGGAAGGACAGUUUCCCCAAGUCAGGGACCAGGGCUGCAGGGGGAGCUGCUGUUACCUCAUCCAUGCAGGCCACCUGCAAUGGCCCACCCAAGUCCAUUGCCACCCAGCCUGGAGCUCCCGGGGGGCAGGGAGCCCUGGCCCCUGCCCCUCCCUCCCAGGAACCCCUUCCUGUAGCUGGACCAGUGACGGCACCUGUUCCCCGGCCGCUUGGCUCCCUCCAGAGACCAAACAGCUUCCUCUUCCGUUCCUCCUCCCAGAGUGGCUCAGGCCCCUCCUCACCAGACUCUAUCUUGAGGCCUCGGCCAACCUCCCAGGGCCCAGAUGAGAAGGCACUCAUGGCCCAGCUGCGCCAGGUCCUCGAGUCCCGGCUGCAGCGGCCCCUGCCUGAGGACCUGGCUGAAGCUCUGGCCAGUGGGGUCAUCCUCUGCCAGCUGGCCAACCAGCUGCGGCCCCGCUCAGUGCCUUUUAUCCAUGUGCCCUCACCUGCUGUGCCAAAACUCAGUGCUCUCAAGUCUCGGAAGAAUGUGGAGAGCUUCUUAGAAGCCUGUCGGAAAAUGGGGGUGCCCGAGGCUGACCUGUGCUCGCCCUCAGAUCUCCUCCAGGGCACCGCCCAGGGUCUGCGGACCACAUUGGAGGCCGUGAAGCGAGUGGGGGGCAAGUCCCCCCCACCCCUCUGGCCCCCCUCUGGUCUGAGUGGCUUCGUCCUCUUCUACAUGGCCUUCAUGCUGCUGCUCUAUGUCGUCUACACUCGGCUCCUGGGUUCCUAGGAGCCCCUGGCACCCCUCUACCUGUCCCCUCCCCCAUUCUAUUUAUAAGAUCCCUGCUCCCCCUCCCCCGUCCCCCACCAGUGGUGCCUUCAAGCCCCACCAAAGACACUAGCGAGCCCCUUCACAGACACUGACCUCAGAGGCCCUACUCUGGGGCCCCCAAGCCCUGGCCCCCCUCCUGCAGCUCCUCCCCCUCUCAGUGCCUUCUUCCCU